GACCUCCAGGUCAUGAAGACAGUCUUCUUUCUCUUUGCUGUUCUCUUCUUUCUGGGCCCAGCCAAGAAUGCAUUUUUCACUGAGAAAUGCAACAAGCUUAAUGGGAGAUGCACGGGUUAUUGCCAAAAAAAUGAAGAACUUAUUGCUCUCUGUCAUAUGACUCUGAAGUGCUGUGCGAUAGUCCAGCCAUGCGGAAGGAUCAAAGGCAAUGACUCAGCUGAAGACAUGACUUCAUAG